ACCCUCUCUCGCGUCUUUCAUCCCGUUUAGACUAUCCCCCUCUUCCCCUCCGUCGUCCUCGUCGUCCUCUGUCCCCUUCCCCCCACCAAAUUAGACACUUAUCGCAGCCAUGACUGUCAACGGUACCGUCCGCGCCGCGCUCGCGCCUGGCCACUUCCUCUUCACCUCUGAGUCGGUCGGAGAGGGUCACCCCGAUAAGAUCUGUGACCAGGUCUCAGACGCUAUCCUCGAUGCCUGCCUCGAACAAGACCCCUCCUCCAAAGUCGCCUGCGAGACCGCCUCGAAGACGGGCAUGAUCAUGGUCUUCGGUGAAAUCACGACGAAGGCCAGAUUGGACUACCAAGCCGUCAUCCGCAACGCGAUCAAAGAAAUCGGGUACGACGACUCCUCCAAGGGUUUCGACUACAAGACCUGCAACAUCCUCGUCGCCAUCGAGCAGCAAUCGCCCGAUAUCGCGCAGGGACUCGACCACGGCUCGCUCGAGGACCACGGCGCGGGCGACCAGGGGAUCAUGUUCGGGUACGCGACGGACGAGACGGAGGAGUUGAUGCCGUUGACGAUCAUGUUGGCGCAUAAGUUGAACGCGGCGAUGGCCGUUGCGAGGAGGAGCGGCGAGUUGGGGUGGUUGAGGCCGGAUAGUAAGACGCAGGUGACGAUUGAGUAUAAGAAGGAUGGGGGCGCGAUGAUCCCGCUUAGGGUGGACACCGUUGUUAUUUCGACGCAGCAUGCGGAGGAGAUCUCGACGGAGGAGUUGAGGAAGCAGAUUUUGGAGAAGAUCGUGAAGCAGGUUAUCCCUGCGAAGCUCCUCGACGACCAGACGAUCUACCACAUUCAACCCUCCGGCCGCUUCGUCAUCGGUGGUCCUCAGGGUGACGCCGGUCUGACAGGCCGUAAGAUCAUCGUCGACACCUACGGUGGCUGGGGUGCCCACGGUGGAGGUGCUUUCUCCGGAAAGGACUUCUCCAAGGUCGACCGUUCCGCGGCCUACACCGCCCGCUGGGUGGCCAAGUCGCUCGUCGCCGGUGGACUCGCGCGUCGUUGCCUCGUUCAGCUUUCGUACGCCAUCGGUGUCGCUGAGCCGCUCUCGAUUUACGUCGACACGUACGGGACGGGGAAGAAGACGGACGAGGAGCUCGUUGCUAUCAUCAGGAAGAACUGGGACUUGAGGCCUGGUGUCAUUGUCAAGCAGCUCGACCUCCAAAAGCCGAUCUACCGCAAGACGGCGUCUUACGGCCACUUCGGUAACCCCGCCUACAACUGGGAGAAGCCCAAGCAGCUCUUGCUUUAA